AUGAUGGCGCUGUGCUCGAAAAGCUCACGACCAAAAGGGCCGCGGCAGCUGAGCGACAAGAGCUUCGGAUAUGCGUCUGCUAGCGCGCUGCUUGUCGCAGACACGGCCAUGCUCUUGCUCGCCCGAAGAAGGCAAUGUUGCGAGACGAACCCUCAACUGCUACGGAACCUACUGGAGACUAGCGCAAACGAAGCCUCUCGAAGCGCGGCAGCGCAUCUCCGUUGUGAGGCUGGCACGUACGGUCGUGGGGCCGCCCUCACGGCCGUCGCGAUAGCGUGCGGAGGCCUUUUGGGUCUCGCACUCCUGUGGCGAGCCGUACGGCUGGCGGCCUUCGCGCUCGGUGAUGGGGCAGCCCACGUCGAUGACACCCUGGUGUACAUGGAGGAGUUCUGCGCGGUCGGGUCGCUUGCAGCCAUGACUGCUACUGUCUGGUUGCUACACCGAGACAGGACCGAUGGCGUACGUGCCGGGAGCAGUCGAUUCCAAGAUGAGGUAGAAUCGGGAGAUGAGGGCGGCGCUCUCGACGAUGCGAGCUGGUUAUCCAUGAUAUCCUUCUCGUGGCUAAACCAGCUGUUCCGGACGGGGGCUGCGAGACAGCUACGCGCGGAGGACCUACCUCAACUAGCCCGCCAAGACCGCGCAGCUGUUUGGGCCGAUAAGUGCGAACGAGCGACAUAG